GAGACCCAGCCACCCCGGUGGUGGCUGCCUUCCCAGAGUGUGCGGUGCCUGCCCGGGGCCCUCGGGGAGGUCACGGGUCUCGCUGACUUGGUGUUGAAUGGCUCACCAGGCAGAAAGGCCCAGCAGGGUUUCUGGGAGAGCCCUCCUCCCGUCUGUGCUUACUCAGAGGAGGAGAGGCCCCACGCCCAGAGACACCAGCAGUGACCUGUACCGCCCCACCGGCCUGCCCACCGCAAUAGAGGGACCGCCCUAAAUGCGCUGGCUCUAGGCGUUUCUUUCAUUAGCUCUCGCACCCCCCCAGUUAGCCUGGGAGAAUUAUCCCAGUCGCAGCCCAGUCCCGCAGUUCUGGGAGGCUGCUGGGCUACAUGAAAUGCGAGGGGCCGGGCUUGGGCGCACAGAAGGCUCAGGCAGGAAUGGCAAGUCCUGCCAGCUGACCUCAGGACGGAGACGUGGUUAAUCAGGUUCCCUGAGGCCUGUUUCUGUGCUAGAGUCCCUGCAACUCUUGCCAGGGCAGUCAGCUCCUGCACUAGGCCAGCCCUUCCAUUUCCAGCCUUGUUUACCCUGGUCUUUCUGACCUCCUUGCUACUGGAGAAUGUAUUUACCGGGCAAUCAAAGAUCUAUACCUACAUGAGCCCGAACAAAUGCUCUGGAAUGCGUUCCCCCCUUCAGGAAGAGAACUCAGUUGCACAUCAUGAAGUCAAAUGCCAGGGGAAGCCAUUAGCCGGAAUCUACAGGAAACGCGACGAGAAAAGAAACUCUGGGAAUGCAAUACGAAGCUCCGUGAAGGCCGAGGAACAGAAGAUCAAAGACGCCAGGAGAGGGCCCCUGGCACCUUUUCCAAACCAAAAAUCUGAAGCAGCAGAACCUCCCAAAACCCCGACCUCGUCUUGUGAUUCCCCCAAUGCAGCCACUGCCAAGCAAGCCCUGAAAAAGCCCGUCAGGGGCAAACAGGCUCCCAGGAAAAAAGCUCAAGGAAAAACGCAGCAGAAUCGCAAACUCACAGAUUUCUACCCUGUGCGAAGGAGCUCCAGGAAGAGCAAAGCUGAGCUGCAGUCUGAAGAAAGAAAAAGAAUAGACGAAUUGAUUGAGAGUGGGAAGGAAGAAGGAAUGAAGAUCGACCUCAUUGACGGCAAAGGCAGGGGCGUGAUCGCCACCAAACAGUUCUCCCGGGGCGAGUUUGUGGUCGAGUACCACGGGGACCUCAUCGAGAUCACCGAUGCCAAGAAGCGGGAGGCUCUGUACGCACAAGACCCCUCCACGGGCUGCUACAUGUACUAUUUUCAGUACCUGAGCAAAACCUACUGUGUGGAUGCAACUAGAGAGACGAAUCGCCUGGGAAGACUGAUCAAUCACAGUAAAUGUGGGAACUGCCAAACCAAACUGCACGACAUCGACGGCGUGCCUCACCUCAUCCUCAUCGCCUCCCGCGACAUCGAGGCCGGGGAGGAGCUCCUGUAUGACUAUGGGGACCGCAGCCGGGCUUCCAUCGAAGCCUACCCCUGGCUGAAGCAUUAACCCCACGGCCCCGCCCCUCCCCCCCCUUCUCCAAUGGACAAAAGUGCCCUCAAAGGGAAUUGAUUUUUUUUUUUACACACUUAAUCUUAGCAGAUUACUUCUUCAGAUGUUUUUAAAAAAGUAUAUUAAGAUGCCUUUUCACUGUAGUAUUUAAAUAUCUGUUACAGGUUUCCAAGGUGGACUUGAACAGAUGGCCUUAUAUUACCAAAACUUUUAUAUUCUAGUUGUUUUUGUACCUUUUUUGCAUACAAGUUGAACGUUUGUGCUUCCCGUGCAUGCAGUCAAAGACUCAGCACAGGUUUUAGAGGAAAGAGUCGAGCAUGAACUAGGAAGCUGGGCGACGCGCCUGCCUCCAACCGAAGAGCCAGGACUCUCUCCCCCCCACCCCCCAACAUCCCAGUGCCAGGCAGGCGCGAGGAAGACCCUGCCUCCCCACGGCCUGGACGGGAUGUUCCCAAGCUCUUGUUUUCCUGACAUCUCGACAGGCGCACAUUGAAGUGUAUGAAUAUUUUUUAAAAAGGUUUCACAGAAAGAUAGUCUUCCCCUCUGCUUUCUCGAAAGCUUACUGACCCGGCAGCUCAUAGGCCGGGCCUAGAUUUACUCUUCCACGGGCUGCCGCUUUUCUGGGCACCUCGAAGCAUCAGGGCGGGGAAUCAAAGCAGAUGUGGGCAGGGACAAGCAUUGCUUACCUAGCCCUGCCGGGGCAGGGUUUCCCGAAGCGGGGUUAAUUUCUUUAUAGAAAUGUGAACACUGAGUUUAUUUUAAAAAAUAAU